UUAAAGUAAACAACUGAUAUUAAAAUAUAAAAAACUCGUUUUAGACCAUAAACGUAAAUGUUUUGUUGUUAUCUGACAUUUGUUACCCGUGUGUGAAUUUUCAAGGAGUGGGGAAAUAAAAUUUUAGGAUUGAUUCUAAAGUAGGACGAAGAGUCUGGCCGAUACCUAGGAUAUAGGUAAACAAGAAAUUAUCGAUUUCCAAGUGCAUUUCUCCUAAACGCGAAGAAUAUGGGGAGUAAAAUUUUGGCAGCAGAGCCGACUCUAGUGAAAUAUUCGAAUCCGGUUCUUGUCGUGAACAAAGAAGGAAAGGCGGACAAGAGUGCUCUUGAUAUAAAGACCGAAUCGAUAGUGUAUGCUAAAGAUAUCACAUCGGACAGAAGUGUUUCAACUCAACAAGUGCUCGACUGUAUUUUGCCUCCGAGACAAUGGGAAGAGGAUGGCCAAUUGUGGAAGCAGCAGGUAUCUCCAGAGCCGGCAACGAGAGCAGACGUCUUGAAGCUCGGAGAACAGCUUGACACCAAAUUGCAGCAGAAAAGGGCGAGAGAGACAGGUAUUUGUGGAAUAAGGAGAAAUCUCUUCACUCAAGCGUUUGAUGAAAUUAUUCGACAAGUGACAAUCAAUUGUGCAGAACGAGGAUUACUACUGCUGAGGGUCAGGGAUGAAAUGAGAAUGACUGCCAAUGCAUACCAAUCAUUGUAUGAAAGCAGUAUAGCUUACGGAAUGCGCAAAGCCCUCAUGGCAGAGCAAAACAGGAGUAACCUCGAAGAAGAAUUGAAAAGACUCAGAGAUGAAAAAUCAGAACUGAAAAAAAGGCUACUCGAGUUGCGAGCAAGAUAUGAGUUGAUGGACAGGAGAGCUGCUGAACUAAGAGCAACAGAAGAAAAGAAGCACAACGAAGAAUUGGCACAGUUAAGAAGAACAAAUAACACAUUAAAGGCCCAACUGGAAACGAUCAUUGCACCUAAGAAGCACAUUGAUAUUCAUAAAUAAUACUGAUGAUAAACACAGAACAAUUUAAGACAAAAUUACUUUUUCUUUUUUCAAAUAGAAAAUUGAAUAAUUGGAUUUUAUUUUAAUCAACAAACAACCUUUGUCUUUCACCGUUUUUCAUUUAUUCCAUAUUUUAUUAAAAUUAUAGCAGAC